AGGUGGCGGCAGCGCGGGCGGCUGGCGUCACGGCGUGCGCGUUGGCCGCGGGGUCAGCAGCGGGACCUCCCGGGACGUGAGCCGGGCGGGCUGCAGGCCUCGCGGGCCCUCGGGAUGGGUGAAGGCCGCUGGUCCCACAGCCCGUGCUCGGGGCCCGCGUCCCGCUAGCGCCCCCCCCGCGCCCGCCCCGCGUCACGAUGCACCUGUCGGCCGUGGUGAACGCGCUGCUGGCGGCCGUGCUGGCGGCCGUGCUGUGGCGGCACGUGCGGCUGCGCGAGCACGCGGCCGGCCUGGAGGCCGCGCUGGAGGCGAGCGGCGGGCAGCAGCGGGAGCCGGAAGCGGAGGCGGAGCAUGCGCAGGCCACCGCCGCCGCCGCCGCCGCCGCGCAGGCGCAGUCCGCGCGCGCCGCCGCCGACUACGCCGGCGCCCUGCGCGCGCUGGCGGAGGGCGGGACGCGCAUGCUCUGCACGGGCCGCACGCACACGGAGCGCGUGUGCCGCUUCCGGGGCCUGUGCUACUCGAGCGAGGCGGACGAGUUCGUGUUCUUCCACGGCAACGCGUCGGCCAUGCUGCCCAACCUGGGCGCCCGGCGCUUCCAGCCGGCGCUGCUGGACCUGUCGGCGGUGGAGGACCACAACACGCAGUACUUCAACUUCGCCGAGCUGCCGGCGGCCGCGCUGCGCCUGCUGCCGCGGCCGGUGUUCGUGCCGGAACCCGUGCUGAUCGCCAACCGCUUCAACCCGGACAACCUGAUGCACGUGUUCCACGACGACCUGCUGCCGCUCUUCUACACGCUGCGCCAGUUCCCGGGGCUGGCGGGCGGCGCGCGGCUGCUGUUCGCCGAGGGGCGGGGCCGCGGCGCGCACUUCCGGCUGUACGAGCUGCUGAGCGCGCGGCCGCCGCUGCUGCGCGCGCAGCUCCCGGCGCUGGGCCGCCUGCUGUGCUUCCCGCAGGCCUUCGUGGGGCUCAGCAAGGCCACCACGUGGUACCAGUACGGCUUCGCGCAGCCGCAGGGCCCCAAGCCCAACAUCCUGGUGUCGGGCCACGAGAUCCGGCAGUUCGCGCGCUUCCUGGCCGAGCGGCUCGGGGUGCCCACGGGGCCCGGGGGUCCCGACCCCCCGCCGCCGCCGCCGCCACCCCCGGAUCAGGACUACAUCCUGGUCUUCACCCGCACCCGCAACCGGCUGAUCCUGAACGAGGCGCAGCUGCUGCUGGAGCUGGCCCGCGAGUUCCAGAUGAAGACGCUCACCGUGUCCCUGGAGGAGGAGGACGAGGAGGAGGAAGGGGAGCAGGAGGGGGGACAGGGGGGGACCCGGCCCUUCGCCGACGUGGUGCGGCUGGUCAGCCGGGCCUCCAUGCUGGUCAGCAUGCACGGGGCGCAGCUGAUCACCGCCCUCUUCCUGCCCCGCGGGGCCACCGUGGUGGAGCUGUUCCCCUACGCCGUCAACCCGGACCACUACACCCCGUACAAGACGCUGGCCACCCUGCCCGGCAUGGACCUGCGCUACGUGGCCUGGCGCAACACCCGGCCCGAGGACACGGUCACGCACCCGGACCGGCCGUGGGACCAGGGCGGCAUCGGCCACCUCGACCGGGCCGAGCAGGAGCGCAUCGUGCAGAGCCGCGAGGUGCCCCGCCACCUGUGCUGCCGCAACCCCGAGUGGCUCUUCCGCAUCUACCAGGACACCCGGGUGGACGUGCCGUCGCUCAUCCGGACCAUCCGGCGCACCGUGCCCGGCCGGCCCGGCCCGACCCCGGGCCGGCCCCAGGGCGCCGUCAGCCUGUACCCCAGCAAGGUGCGGGAGGCCCGGUGCCAGGGCUCGGCGCGGGGAGACGCCGGGGCCCGCCUCACCGUGUCCUGGCAGAUGCCCUGGAACCUGCGGUACCUGAAGGUGAAGGAGGUGAAGUACGAGGUGUGGCUGCAGGAGCAGGGCGAGAACACCUACGUGCCCCACCUCCUGACCCUGCAGAACCACACGUUCACGGACAACAUCAAGCCCUCCACCACCUACCUGGUGUGGAUCCGCUGCAUCUUCAACAAGAUCCUCUCGGGACCCUUCGCAGACGUGCUGGUGUGCAGCACGUAGCAGCCUGGGUGUGCGGCCAGGCCGGGCCUCCCUCCCUUCCUCCCCUCUCUGGGCAGACAGUGGAUCUCUCUCGCUUAGGGGAUCUUUUCUGCACCCCU